GCGCAUUAAUUUUCGCCAUUCGUAUCCAAAUCUCUGAUUCACUCCCAGAAGAAAAGAAUCUUUCUCCGUGUUCGUGGUUCAUAAGAAAUCCACAUCAUAUGAAGAGUACAAAAUCUCAUCACAAGCACUGGCAUGCUCAUGGUGCGAGUUCCAAGCACCACAAAAAUCAUGAAGCCGAUGAUAUGCAAGGAGUGAAAUUCAUACCUGAUAAUUUUAGCUCAGUUGAUCAGGUUAUUGCUGCAUUGAGGGAAUCUGGACUUGAAUCAUCAAAUUUAAUUCUUGGUAUUGAUUUCACCAAAAGCAAUGAAUGGACAGGUCGGUAUUCCUUCAAUCGAAGAUCUCUCCAUGCAAUUGGUGAUACUCCUAACCCAUACGAGCAAGCUAUUUCUAUAAUUGGGCGUACUUUAUCACCUUUCGAUGAAGAUAAUCUGAUACCAUGCUUUGGUUUUGGGGAUGCAUCUACACAUGGCCAUUCUGUAUUCAGCUUUUUCCCUGAUCACCGUCCUUGCCGCGGUUUUGAGGAGGCUCUUGCACGAUAUCGGCAGAUUGUUCCACAUCUGAACCUUUCAGGCCCAACGUCUUUUGCUCCUCUCAUCCGCACGUCAAUUUCUGUGGUUGAAAGAAAUAAUUGGCAAUACCAUGUACUGGUCAUUAUUGCCGAUGGGCAGGUGACCAGGAACACGGAUGUUCCUCGUGGGAAGUUAAGCCCACAAGAACAGGCUACUGUAGAAGCAAUUGUUGAUGCCAGCCAUUAUCCUCUUUCGAUCGUUAUGGUUGGCGUGGGUGAUGGGCCGUGGGAUGCGAUGCAGCACUUCGACGAUUGUAUCCCUGAGCGAGCUUUUGAUAACUUUCAGUUUGUAAACUUCACAAAUAUCAUGUCGGCAAACAUGCCAAUGUCGAAGAAGGAAGCUGCAUUUGCUCUCGCAGCUCUGAUGGAAAUCCCCAUUCAAUUCAGAGUCACACAAGGCAUCCGACCUCCGGAGAGGCAUAAAGAAAAACUAGGUGAUCCAAGGGUCCUUCCUCCGCCCAAAGAAAUUAUUGAACUUGAUCAGAAAGCCGCGGUGAUGCAUCCUCCUGAUACUGCUAGCUCUCACUCAGCUGGCUCAAAUGCUGCAAGAGAGCAGGUCUGCCCUGUUUGUUUGACGAAUCCGAAGGAUAUGGCGUUUGGAUGUGGUCAUUUGACAUGCAAGGAAUGUGGACCGACGCUGUCGACAUGCCCCUUAUGCCGCGCACCCAUAACCACGCGCGUCAGACUGUACUCCUAAGACAAAUAUGGCUCUUAUGAUCAAUCUGCAAUCAUAUUCGUUUUUUACGUCCAAACAGCGUUAAACAACGCAACGUAGGAGCCGACCAUCUUCAGCUAGUUCGAAUGCAGGAAAAACCCUAAAAAUGGCGCCAAAAGGAAGCAGCAAUCAAAACCGCAAAUUCAUGUUGUGUGUUGUAUGUUGUGCUAUCUUAAGUUUCGCAUUAAGCUAUUGUUGAGAGAGUUCAAUUGUACCAAUGAUGAUACAUGUACAUUGUAGAAUGUUGUGUCCCUUCAUUUGAUGUAUAUCUAAACUGAUCUAUUUUGAGACAAAAAUAGUGAUAUAAUAGUGAUAAGAUAUUUUUAAAUAUUGGACUUAUGUAAUUAGUAA